AUAUUAUUAUUACUCAAUCCAAUUCCAUAUCCUCAUCUAAAUGGAUUAUUGCCACUACUCUUUUUGUCUGUGGAUAAGUCAGGUGGCAAUGGCCAUCCUUCAACAUAAGCCUCUGAGUGUCUUGACAAGAAUUCCUACAAAGUACAAACUGAUUCCACAACCAUGGCAUUGGCCAUUGCUUCAACUGCACUUUCAAGCCUUCCAAUCAGGGAUCAUAUUACUACAACAAUAUUGACUGGAAAUACUAGUAACAGAUGUUUAUUAAGAAGGGGUCGUUCAUUGAAAGCAGCAAAAGGAGGGGUGUCAAGUGUUUGUGAACCACUUCCUCCGGAUAGGCCAUUGUGGUUCCCUGGUAGUUCACCUCCUGAAUGGCUUGAUGGCAGCCUUCCGGGAGAUUUUGGUUUCGACCCUUUGGGAUUAGGAUCUGAUCCAGAGCUGCUCAAAUGGUUUGCUCAAGCCGAGCUAAUGCACGCAAGGUGGGCAAUGCUGGCUGUUGCUGGAAUACUAAUUCCGGAAUGGCUUGAGAGUCUAGGCUUCAUCGAAAACUUCUCUUGGUAUGAUGCCGGCACGCGCGAAUACUUUGCAGAUCCAGUGACGUUAUUCGUCGUCCAGCUCGCCCUGAUGGGAUGGGUUGAGGGCCGAAGAUGGGCCGACCUUAUCAAACCUGGUAGCGUCGACAUAGAACCGACAUUGCCACAUAAGAAGAAGCCAAAGCCUGAUGUUGGUUACCCUGGCGGACUUUGGUUUGAUCCCUUCAUGUGGGGAAGAGGAUCUCCAGAGCCAGUUAUGGUGUUAAGGACUAAAGAGAUCAAGAAUGGAAGGCUUGCGAUGUUAGCUUUCGUUGGCUUUUGUUUCCAAGCUGUUUAUACCGGAGAAGGUCCUGUUGAGAACUUAAUGUCUCAUCUAGCUGAUCCAGGCCAUAACAACAUUUUCUCGGUACGCCAUCUGGACUUAUAACAAAAUCAUAAGAAGCUGCAGAUAUGAUUUUUUUUUUCCAUUGCAAUUUAUCGAAAAAAAGAAUUUAUUAUGUGUCUCAGUAGGAGUUAAACAAAUGUUCUGUCUUGUUUGCAGGCUUUCACAUCACAAUGAUCCUCUGGGGUUGGGACAACUAUAUAGAGUAGUAAAAGUCUUAUGUAUUCAAGUCAUUGGACUAAUGCAGUGUACAUAUGUACCAGAACAACUUUGAAAAAUCUGUCUUUCUACAUUCCAAUUCACUGGCAGCAUAUAUCCUUCACUCUUGCUCGCUGUUGCUCAGUUCUGAACUAUGUUGUUUUCUGCCGCUUAAUUUGACAGAAAAGUAUAACAGCGUUGUGCAUCGCGAUAAGUCAUUUCAACCAAGAGCGA